AUGAAAAGGUUUAAGAGAUGCCUUCAUGAAGGGGAGUGGAAGAUUCUAACCGGAUUUUCAGUGGUGUUGGUGAAUACAGAGAUCCGUUUGACGGAAGUCAGAAGGAAGAUUGCCCUCACGUCCAACACGCAAGUUACACACGCAGAAGACUCGGAUGCUUUUAUUCCGCUUGACAUGGUGCCUUACGAUUUUGUUUCGAACCUAUGGAAUGAUCAACGUACUUCUUUCCCUAGAGAUGUCGAGAAUGGUGAAGGCCUCAGUUUCCUGGUGGUUGAUGAUGAGGGCACAAGGAUGCAUGCAUUCGUCCAGCAUUUUGCUGAUGCCAAGAGAUUUAAGAGACUUCUUCAGAAGGAGACUGGUUCACGAUAA